AUUAUGUGUAUAUUUAUUCGUGAGUUCUCUUGAUCUCAUCUCCUUCUCAUCUCUGUUUACAUUCUCUGUUCUCUGUCGCUUAAGGCAAUGUCCUUCAGAGGUUUCAGCCGGCCAAAUGCGGCAUCUGGAAUGGGAGUUUCGGAUCAAAGCAAGAGCACGUACAUGGAGCUGCAGAGGAAAAAGGGUCAUCGUUACAUAGUCUUCAAGAUCGACGAGAACAAGAAAGAGGUGAUGGUGGAGAAGACCGGUGCAGCUUCCGAGAGCUUCGAUGAUUUCGUCGGGUCUCUGCCCGAGAACGAUUGCAGAUACGCUGUUUACGACUUCGAUUUCGUUACAUCUGAGAACUGCCAGAAGAGCAAGAUCUUCUUCAUCGCCUGGUCGCCUUCGACUUCGAGAAUCCGAGCAAAGAUGCUUUACGCAACGUCCAAAGACAGAUUCAGAAGAGAAUUGGAAGGCAUCCACUACGAGAUUCAAGCCACCGACCCUUCAGAGGUUGACCUCGAAGCUCUCCGCGAACGAGCAAACUGAUGAUCAUCAUCCCCUUCAACUUCUUUGUAUUCUCCGUAUUGGUAGUGAUUGUGUAACGUGCUGUGUUGCUGCAAUAAUGCUUUGGUACGAUGAGAAGCCCAAUGUGGCGACAUAUAUCAAGGUGAAGGAAGGCUACUGUGUUGUUAUUUUUUCUGAUUCCGAAUGAAAUCGUCUAUAUGCUUAUAUUGUGAUUAUUAUGGAAUUGUUGCUGCUCUGCUGUACCUUCCUUUGAAUCCAUUUCAAUGCCUUUUCCGCCCUUUGGAGUGAA